AUGGUGGCGCUUACAGAUAAAGUGAGCUCAGUAGAGCGGGAUUUUAGACAAUCCUUAGACAGCAGUGUCAAUCGGGAAAUCAGUCUUCGUGACGCAGUGGACGCGAGCUUGGAAGGGCUGACGCGCUACUGCCAGGAGGCUCUCGAGAAAAUGGAGAGAGCCAUCGUUGACUGUUUUCUACGACGUGACGUCAUCUGGGAAAACCAGAUAAAGAGCCUGCGUCUCACUCGUAUGCCCACCAGCCACAGGUUACAGGCCUGCUCCCCUGCACAACAAUAUCAGGAUCAACAUUCCCCCAGCACUUCAGUCACUACAGCUACGGCCAAGGUAAAGCACCCUAGCAGUCCUGAUAUCUACGACAUUCCUCCUUGUGUUCAACCACUCUCUUCUGCUCAGUCCACCUCCUCAGUCUCACCCCCUUCUGCUUCUCUUUAUGCUCGACCAUCCAUAUGCGUGGAGUUUCCUGCUUUUGGCAACGCGUCAGAGACAGCUGAUGUGUUUAACUUUCUUGAGCAAGCCGAGAAUUAUCUGGAUAUCAGACCACUGACCAGCCCAGAGCUGCUAGGAACCCUCGGCUCGGUUCUACGAGGACCUGCUCUGAGUUGGUGGGAGGCGGAGAAAGGCAAGGUGAAGGAUUGGAAGUCUUUUAAACAGGCAUUCAUGGCGGCGUUUUUACCUGAGGACUACCUCACGGAAGUUGAAGUCAACUUAAGGUCUCGGGUACAGCAGCCGGGAGAACGCCUGAGGGACUUUGCCUAUGACUACCGUGCCCUCUGUCUAAAGUGGAAGCCGGAUAUCUCAGAGGAAGAACUAGUGGGGCGAAUCCUGCUGAACAUCAACCCAAAAGUGUCCGGAUGUCUAAGAGGAACGGUGAACACGGUGGAACAGCUGGUGAAGAGAGGUUCCAGGGUAGAGAAAGACUGCGAGGACUGUUUAAAUUUAGGUCCAGAUACCAUUUCCCAAGAGCCCCCAUCACCAAAAAGCGAUGACGAACCAUGUCUAGCCAUCACGAACACUAAAGCUUCCGCCGACCUACCCAGCGACCUGAGUGAGAUGAUCCAAGCCCAACAGGAGGACCCUACUAUCUUAAAGCUGCUUUCUACGGACCAUCCAAGAAGCACACUAGAUCCGAGGGUCUCCUUCGAGUAUCAUCAAGGGGCAUUAUAUCGCCGGGGGAGGACACCAGGGGCAACUAAAAACUCUGCUGAGGUUGCUAGAUGUGGCAUGGUGGCCGACGGUGAGAAAGGACCUCUGGCACUACAUGAGAACUUGCAGCGUUUGUCAGCGACACGGAACAGACAACCCUAA